AUGAGGGCAGUACUAAGCUCUGCUGUCUUCGCCUCCUGUGUGGCAGCUUCAUGGACGGUGAAGCCGGUCCAGGACCAGCCAAGUUUCCCCCCCAAUGGCUACAACCUUCCUGCUGCUGGGCCCAAGGACAACUCGACAUACGAGUACAUCAUUGUUGGGUCUGGCGCUGGUGGCUCUCCUUUGGCGGCUCGCCUAGCCCUCGCCGGCCACAGUGUUCUUCUCAUUGAUGCGGGAGAGGAUCACGGAACUGAUCGCCAGGUCCAAGCUCCCGCUCUGCACCCAUUCAGCAGUGAAUAUAACCCGAUCAAAUGGGAUUACUUCGUGGACCACUACGCCGACGAAGAGCAGGCUCUCAAGGACACCAAGUACACCUACCAAACGCCGGACGGUGACUAUUGGUCAGCGAUAGACUUCUCUGGAGAGCAGCCUCCGGCAAACUCGCAGAAGAAAGGAAUCCUAUAUCCUCGUACCGGUGCUCUAGGAGGUUGCACAGUCCACAAUGCCCUGAUCACGAUCAAGGCGACAGACAAGGAUUGGAACGACAUCGCCAACUUGACCGGGGAUGACUCAUGGGCAGCCGACAAGAUGAACGCAUACAUGGAGAGGAUGGAGGACAACCAGUACAUCCAGGGUGCGCUCAACAACCAUCAUGGUCACGGCGGAUGGCUGCCGACACGCCUCACUCCUGCGGUCCUCAUCGCCGAGGACAUGAAGGUGUUGUCCCUUAUUCUAGCCGCCGCCAGGGCUACCGGAAAGAGCUUCCUUGAUUCCAUCACUGGAGCCAUCACGGGCGUCGUGGACAUUCUCGCUCUCGAUAUCAACGGCAACACUAAGCUGCGAGAUUCUACGGACCUCAUGUACCAAAUACCCCUUUCCAUGAACGGAGACUACAUCAGGACCGGACCCCGCGACUUUGUGCUCAGUGUGGCGAAUGCUACGAAUGACGACGGUUCCAAGAAAUACAAGCUUGACAUCGCGCUCAACACACUCGUUUCAAAGGUCAACUUUGAUACGUCCGGAGAGGUUCCUCGGGCCACGGGUGUCGACUACCUCCACGGACAGAGCCUAUAUCGUGCUGACCCUCGUGCCGGCUCCAAGGACGGGGGCGAGCCCGGAACCGUCCACGCUAGCCGUGAGGUUAUCGUGUCUGGUGGUGCUUUCAACACUCCCCAGAUCCUUAAACUGAGCGGUGUUGGCCCCGCCGAGGAACUUGAGUCACUCGGUAUCACCGUUAUCAAGGAUCUUCCUGGUGUUGGCGGUAACCUCCAGGAUCGGUACGAGGUCGGCGUUGUUGGCGAAGCGGAAUCCAACUUCGCCCUUUUGGAGGACUGCACCUUCCUGGUCGGCGACGAUCCGUGCUACAGCGACUGGACAGACAAAGUUGGAGGCCUGAAGGGUGGCUACACAACCAACGGUAUUGCUUUCGGGUACCUCCAUCACUCCUCGGUAGCGGGUGAGGAUCCGGACCUGUUCCUUGGAGGUGUCCCCGCCUACUUCAAUGGCUACUUUCCCGGCUACUCUACUCACAGCACGGAUAAGCCUUCGAUAUGGACUUGGCUCACACUCAAGGCUCACUCCCGUAACCGCGCUGGGACUGUCAACCUGACCUCGGCCAAUCCCCGCGACACCCCGCGCAUAACCUUUAACUCCUUCUCUGAAGGAGGCGAAGAUGAUCUUCAGGCGAUCGUUGAAGGCCUGCAGUAUGGAAUCGACGCUUUUGAGAAGCUUAUUCCCAUCGACGGAUCCUUCAACCGCGUCUGGCCCCCAACCAACAUCACCGAGCCCGAAGAUCUCAAGGAGUUUGCCCGCAACGAGGCCUGGGGACACCAUGCUUCUUGCACCGCCCCUAUCGGUGCUGACGAUGACCCGUUGGCCGUGCUCGACAGCGAGUUUCGCGUUCGCGGUGUGAAUGGCCUCCGUGUUGUCGACGCGUCCAUCUUCCCCCGCAUCCCCGGCAUGUACAUUGCACUGCCCACCUUCCAGGUCAGUGAGAAGGCCGCCGAUGUCAUUAUCGCGAGUGCCAAGGCGAGCUAA